AUGAAUAAAAAUCUGCUGAAGCCAGUGGUUCGGACACUUCGCGAAAGCGAUACCGCCGGCACUUUAUACGAAAACACGAUCACCAACGACAUACCGGUAGACGGAGCACCACUUGUACAUCUGACGUCGAAAAAAUUUCGAUCCGAAACUCGGGAAAACACAGAACAAGAAGACAGUAACGAUAUGGCGGCCGGACGAGGGAGGGGUGGCGGCGGUAAAGACAGAAACGGACAGCUCAUUCGGCAGCACUCGAGCCUCGACGUCGGCGGCAGCGACGAAGAUCUGUGUUCUUCGGUGAACGAAAACACGCACGAUUACUAUUGGUGCAUACUGCUUACAAUCGGGCGGCCACGGUUGCCAACUUCGACGGGACGUGCACGAUUAGUGGUUACGUAUUUCAAUAAUAUUGUUUGUCGUCCGAGAGCUUUUACGGGACUGAUGACGGUGACGAUGAGGUAUGCAGCCGUUCGGGGCCACAAGCGAAUUGUUAGCUAGCGGCUACUAUGAGGUUAUAGUGGGAUGACCGCGAUUACAAUACGGUCUUUGCAGCGCGGACGUCUACGCCAUUGUCGUCUGUCCGAGUGGUCCACGGUCUUGGCCGAUUUGCUGUUGUCGCCGCCGGGAGCCAUUGCGUUUGUAUUAUAUUUGUUCAACUACGGCUGUUACCCGAACCAAAUCGCCAACAGCGGCGAUGCGUUUUAAUGUCGACCGAACAAGAGCCGAUUUCCCGACGGCGAUUUUGCGUAUCGCGGCUCGUCAUCGUCGCUGUCCUCAAGAAAACUAG